UCAUAUUAAAAGCAUGUGAAUUUAUUACUGAAGUAGUUCAAUCUAAUUUUGCUUUUGGUUCAUGCCCCGGGUAUAUUUGUAAAUGUAGUGAGAUUCAAAGUGAUAUAUGCGAAACGACAACAGUAGCUAUUUCUUCUGUAUAUCAUCAACUUUUCAAAACCAAGACAAAAUUUUCAGGUCCAGAAGUUCUAGGAUUUGAUAAAACAAUUAUUACAGAUGAAUUAUUAUCAGAUUUACCCUUUCGCCCUUAUAAUUUUCAACUUGGGAUCCUUCGAAUUUGGAUAGUAAGAAUUGGCUCUAAUGAAAUUACAACUAAUUUAGCAGGCCCCAGAUUUAAAUCAGCCUUCAUAUAUCAAUAUAAUAAAAGUCAGGCUUUGUUUUUUCAAGAAAUUGAUAAAAAUCACUGCAGAUUAACAAUUUACUACGAAUGCAAUGCAUGUAUAGACUUUAUUGAACAAAAUCCGGAUUUAGUUUGGUCAAAAAUUGAAAUUCUACGGCAAUAUAAUAGAAAUCAACUUUUUGGAUUAACUAAUCAAUAUACAAAAAACCUUAUACAAGCAGCUCAAAUCCCGUGUUGUACUUUGAAUGAAUGGAAUAACAAAGAAAUAAUGACUAAUAUUUACAAUUACCACCUUAAACUUC